UUAAAGGUAAACAUCAGAAGGCGCACACGCGAGGCACGAGCACCGGCUGCAUCGCCGGUAAAACGUGCGCGUGGCUGUUUGUUUUUAAAUGUUUGACCCUGACCCUGCUCCGAAAGCACGGACACGCGCUCAUGGCGUUUGCGCAGCUGUUCUCGAGCCUGUCCGCUGUGCAGGAGGACGUGAGGAGUGCGCGUCAGCCUGCCGUCACUCUGCGCAGUGACACUGACGGAGGAGGAAGGGGAGGAAGAAGAGGCAGGAAGAGGAAAACAUCGUGCGAGCUGAUUGGAUCUUCCAGAAAGAAGCCAUGCGUCCAACAUCAGAGAACCCCAACUCCUGAUAACUUCAAAGAUAAUAACACAAAGACGAAUGAACGCCAUACGCAGAACACAGAUGGUGGACGAGGACUUAAUGGCUUCAGCGGCAGAGGCCGUAAAUCUCAGAGGCAGCAGCUCAAAAAGAAGCUGGAUGGACAGAAAGAUCCUCAUCAGGACAAGGAUCGAGGGAGCAGAAGACCGACGUUGAGGAGAGGAGGAAGAGGCGGUAAACAUAAUGGUGACAGACGGGACUCUCAAGUGAAGCCGAGGUCCAUGACUCAGGAGUUCAAGGACCAGAACGCGUUGUUGGUGGACGGACGGUUACUUUGUCGGCAUUUUCUUCGGGGACGAUGCAUCAAGGCUGACGAGUGCCAGCUGGAGCAUAUUCAGGGUUACAACGAUCUCCUCAAAGAAGUCUGUAAAUUUUACGUCCAAGGCUUCUGUGCAAAAGGCAGCAGCUGUCCGUACAUGCACCAGUCCUUUCCCUGCAAGUUUUUCCAUAGAAAGGGAAAGUGCACCCAAAAAGAAGAUUGCAGGUUUUCCCACGAGCCGCUCACUGACAUCACUGAAAAACUGCUGGAUGAGGCAUUAAAACGGGAAAGUGACCUCUAUGAACUUGCAAGAAAAGCUGAACAGGAGUCUUCGGGACAGCCGGCGAAGAAAGAGGAGCCAGAAGUGAUGGAACCAAACGGGACCCUUAAUGUUCUCGAAGAACCCGUCAGGCCCAACUUUUACAACAGCACAGAAGCAUCUACUGAGACAGAAACCUCCUUACACCAGACAGAAGAAACACCCAAGAUCACAGAUGAAGCUGCCCCCCCGCGUGCAUCAGACACUGCCCAGCCUCACAGCCCUUCAUCGACCAGCAUCAGCCACCCGGAGCCAGUUUGUUAUUCAGUGGAAGCUGUGCUUGGACCUCAGCUAUACAGACCUUUCCCUAGUUUUUGUAAUAGUCCUAAAACUAAAGAGUCUACAUCUCUUACUGUCCCAGAGACCACUUUCAAGGCCACUUCGGGCUCCAUGACCCAAAAUGAAGUUCCCUACUCCGUUGAUGCAGUCCUCAGGUCCUUUAGGUCAGUGGAAAAUUCAGCCUUUGACCAAAGACCUGCCCCUCCAAGCAUGAACACUAAGGAAAUCCCGGAUCCUGUGUUAAGACCACAACACCAAAUAAAAAAAGUCUCACUCAGGAACAGACAAGAACCAAACAAAUCCCAAGACAAAGUGUACAAGAGCCUGCCUUCCGUCCAGGUGACCACCAGCCUGAUUUCUAGCCCUGAUCUUUCUUGUUUCUCUGGUAAUCAGAAGCAAUAUGGAGAUAUACCAGAGUCCCUGAAAACUGCUCCAACAGCUUUUCAUCAGGUUAAACUGGAGCGCCUGCAUCCUCCUGUCAAUGUAGAAAACUUUCCAUCCUCCAAAAGCAAAGUAGAUGUGAAGGAAAGCACACGGCUUCCUGCAGAUAAUGCACGUCCUCACAAACAUCCCACACAGGUGAAGCCACAUCCCUCUGUAGGUGUCACAGAGGUUAAAAGCAGAACUGCUGCUCCUGUUGAACCUGCAGCUAACUCCACUGAGACGAGUGAUGCUGCAAACUUUGCUGUUCAUCAUUUUGCAGCAAAGCAGCUUGCUGAGAUCUCCCAGUACCCCAGAAAGACACAGUCUGUCCUCAAAGGUGGUGCACAGAAGCCCUGUUCUACUAAAAUGUCCCCACAGUGCAGCGGGGAAACUGCAACUUGUGGCCAUUUUACAGGUGGAUGUAAAGAGACUCAGAAAAUUAGUUGCCUUUUUGCAAACCCAGUCACUGCGAGUGUGAGACCAGCACCAGACUCUGUGAGAACCGCACAGUCUGCAGAUUUCACAAGGGAAGAAAGACACGUUAAAACCGAAGCUGCACCUGUAAAAUCCUCUGCUACUUCCUUCCUCAGCCUCUUUGCAACCCCACUCACUGAGACUUUGAGUACUCCUUCCUGCUGUCAGGUGUCAGCUGAGAAUACUUUUCAUUUAGCCACAGAAAGAGUUUCUAAUUUAGUACUGACUCCUUUAUGUCAGGUCCAAACUGAUGCCAAGCAAACCUCUCACAGUCCAACAUCUCUGAAAUGCUCCACAACUUCUAAAACUGAACCACAUCCUGCAGAGCAUCCGGCAGAUCCUUCUUCUAGCAUCGUGCAAGAGUCACUCAAGGAGACGCCCUCCGGUCCAGUUCCUCGUGGUUCGAGUCCACCCAAAACUCCGGCUCAGGAGCAACUGCCUGAUGAUCCAACCCCCAGAAGGGCCUCUAAGAAUUCAGUCCUGAAAUCCCUGUUUCUGAACCUGAGUCCAUACCACGAGGAUGGAGAGCAGCAGGACCGUAUUGAGAUCAGUGCCCGUCCAGAAAGCAGAACCAACAAUAAAGACAGCGUGGGGUCCGUCUUUGGAAAACCGCAUGAACAACGGAAACAACGGACUUCCAGCGGUCGGUCUGCUGUGAAGGCAGCUGCACACUCAGAGGACCGGCCUUCAUUUCAGACUCCUCAGAACUCCUCCGAGGUCACAGGUGGGCCGGCCCUCGGCAGUCCAGGUGUGACUGAACCUCAGGUGAGAAACUCUGGGAUGCCCAACUUUCCACCGGAAUCAGCGACCCGUCAGAUCAGCCGUGACUGAACCGAGAGCGACGCACACCUCCGGGGGAAAGAAAAGGGGACGUGGGAAUAUGGCGGUGACGCCACCGAAGGACCUUUUUAAGACUUUAGACAGCGCUUUGUUCCACCCGGGACAUUAACGUUGGAAUAACUGGAUUAAAUGAUAAUUUGAAUUAAAAUGAUUCAUUCUUUUUGAGCCAGUGACGUAAAUGUGAAAGUGGUCAAAGUGCUGAUCUUUGUAACCUGCAUGUUUGCGCUCAUUAAGCCGUGCCAUCACCAAAAGCUGUGACUAAAUCAUCACUAGAUUAUCAGUGUUGGUGCAGGAUUUGUGACUCUAUUAUUUUCUUGAAAACAAAAUGAAAAAACUGUCGGCCUAGCGCGCUCUACUUUUAAUUCCUGCAGUAUUUUUGGUUUUUGCCUCGUGUUCAGUCACAGUAACCGUGUUACAGCCCAUUUAGUUAAAUGCUGGGUUUGAACAGGUUCAUGGUGCAUGAUUUUCUGUCUGCAUGCAUUAUUUUAUUCAGUCCUGUAACAAAAAUUUAGUGCACUGUUUUUGUUUGUUUGUUUUUUAAAGAUUUAAUGUAUUAAAAAAUACUUAUUUUAAUAAAAUAAUGAC